AGGGAGGAGGAGGAGCCGUCCAGAGGCGAGGGAGGGCACUCAUGGCGCGUUACUGUACGAGCAGCGAGAGCAAAGUGGAGGCAGUCGCGCUAAGGGCAGGCAGGGAGCCCCCCCAAAGAAGCGCCUGGCCGCCCUUUCCACCCUUCCGCAACGCUUUUGGGGCGCAGCCGCCCGCUUCGCGUCGCGCAGGAAAGGAACUCGGAAUGGCGUAGAGGCGCUGGAAACAUCUCCCUGCAGGGUUUUGUGUGUGUCCCCCCGCCCUUCUGUGGGGAAGAGCCUCGGCCUUCGUUUCCCGGAAAACCACGGCUUCUGCUGCUGGCUCCUUUUCCAUGUCGCUGGGGUUUCCCAGCGGUGCCAGCGAUGCUAUCAAGGGUUUCCAAUUGUCCAAGAACUUAAGUUCUUUAAGUGACGAAGUUAACUUGGCUAUCUUGGUCAGCUCUAACACUUCCAUCUCCACUCUUCAAUUAUUUUGGAGCACAAACUGCAAGCAGCACAAUGGAUUGGACUGUAAACCCACUUCAUGGGACCAACUUCCAGACAAGGAAUUUUCAAGUUCAGGGAAUGUAUCAGUCACAGCAGGCUGCAUCUGGGUUUUCUCAAGCAAGUGCAACAACUGGAAAUUCCUCCGUUUACACUGGAAAAGAUCAAGCUAUAAAAAUGCCUUCUAUUCCUCAGAACCUGGAGGCAAAUCAAGUUACUCUUCCAAAUAAGGUGGGAUCGAACAACUUUCAGCCAACUCUCCUAAAGGCAUCGGUACCUGUUAUAGGCUUUGGGUCAACUCAGCAUUUUGUUGGGCUACCUCAACGAAUACAACUUUCCAAUGUGACUGUCCAAACGAUACCUAAGAACACUUGGCCAAAUUCUAAUAUUAUCUCCCCUGAAACAUCACAACCUGGGCCAGGAAAUAAUGUGCAGAGAUCACCAAAUAUGUAUAUAACCUCAAAUAUGUACAAUAAUCGCCCACAAAAAAAUUGUUCCAAUUCUGUACAAGCUUCAGUUUUUCAGGGUAAGAACAAUAACUCACAUUCAAAAAGGCUGCGAACGUUAGCACCUGCAUAUCAGCCUGCUGAUCCUCAAACACAUGCUACGGUGCACCCUAAUCAAGUAUCGAACAAUUUCCUAAAUUCUCAGCCUAAUUCUUCGUGCCUCACUUUUUCAUCUGGGCAAAAUAUUAAUAAUCAAAUAAAUUACAUGAAUCCAGGCUCCGCUACAGCUAUGCAAUCACAGCAGUAUGCUUCUAACUAUGUAUAUUCACCAUAGCGGCUAACGCCAUACCUACUCACUAUGCAGCCCAGGCCAUUCCUCAAGCUACUAAUACAAACCUUCCACCACCAUACACAGUGCGCCUCCUUAUUAAUUAAUAAUACAGAUCAGGAGAGAUUCUUCGGUACAAUCACAGCCAGUUCUGAAUAGGUCUACUGAAAAUGUUCAAAACCCUCAAAAUCUUGAGUUGGAUCAGAGUAGUGGUUUGUAUUCUGUUCAGUAUGUUCAGACACUUGGGCCUGCACCAAUCUCUAGAGAACCCAAUAAAGUAGGAGGCACUUCAGAAAGCAUGCAUAGACAUAGCACUGAAGAUCAGCCUUCUGACCAGGUGAAAAAGUCAGUUGAAAACUUAAACAGUAUGUGUAACAGUCUUCAAAUGCCUGAAACAGUUCCUCCUGAUAAAACAACACCACAGAUAAGUGGCAUUAAGUCUAAAACUAUAACAAGAGAAAGUCUGGAACUGGAUAUGCGAACAAUAUUUGCAAUAAGAGAUAAAUUAGAAAUUCUACAAAACUGUUUUAAGUUAAAACAUAAGAUAUAUAAAGCACAGACGUCAAAGACUUCCAAUCCCUCUGUUCACAAUCCUGCUGUUUCACCUCCUUCAUCAAAUACCAGUCAGCAACCUAUUCCAUUCCCACAGGCCACUCAGCAGACAUUUUCACUUCCUUCUCAUGACACAACUCAAAAACCUGCCUCCUUGCUUCCGCAUGACAACACUCAAAAUCAACCACCUUCACUUCCUGCCUGUAGCUCCCAUCAGAGCCAAGACAAUUCUUCAGUGCUACUGACGGCAAAAAGUUACUUACAUCCAAUUCUUCACGAUUUACUUCAAGGUACUUGCGAUAAAGAAAUGCUUCUUAAGUCUCAUUUUCCAAGAUCUGAUGGAAAUCGAAAUAAACAAUCGGUCCUUGAGAAGUGUUCCUCUGGUGCUGUCUUAGAUUCCACUGGUGCUAAGUCUGAAACUAGUAUGAAUGAUAUGGAGAGAGCUCCUAGGCUGAGCCUUGAGACAUCACGCACUGCUUCUAUCCAAAGGUCUUUGACAUCCACAGAUGCCAAACAAACUUCUGCAUUGGACAAGGCCCAGUUAACAGACAUGUCCACAAUGUCUGGGGGAAACUUGUUUAACCACUUUGUCUUGAAGAAGGUUAAAACAGGAAACACUGUCUCUAAAAUACUGACUGACCCUCACAGUAUAAUUUCAGUUCAAAAUCCAACUGCAUCAAGUGAAUCUUCACCGUUAAGUGAAAAAUUAGCAAAAGAAGGGGGUGAAAAAUUCUGGAAUGUUAGAUCUGAAGUUACUCAGCAGAGUAAAGAUUGUCUUUGUACACCUGAUAAGAACAUUACAGAUUGGAACAAAGGAAAUAAUAUCUCUAGCUCAUCCUCUCUUGCUGUUCCAGAAGCAGGACUACUUCAGAGGUCCUUUGUUACUGGGAAUUCUUGUACUGUGGGAAGAGCUUGUUCUUUGGAGGAGCUAGAAACAAGUCUUGCUUUGUGGAAGAAGGGCCCUUCUGCAUCUCUAAAUGAUCAUUUUGGUGAAAGUGCCGAGAGAAACAUCCCAGAUGAAUUAAGUAACUGUGGGAAAUCUAGUAUUGCAGUUGUAAAGAAUGAAACAACUCUGUCGUCUUUUCCUUCAUCUCUUGGCCAAAAGCUUGAUGCCAUAAAUUCUAAUUCAUUGAAGAGUUCUGAGCCUCAGGUAGCUAUUGUUUCCCCCUUAAUCUUGACUAAAGAUGGAAUUCAAAAUGAAGUGCAGGAAAAGAAUUUAUCUUCUGUGUUGGAAACUAUGUAUCCAGUUAUUGCAGUAGGCAGUAUACACAGUUUAAAUGAAUUUGUUGACAAAAUGUCAGAUAUUGAUAAGCCAGUAAAAAGAACUGCUUGUUCUCCAUCAGAUUCCUGGGUUACUGUAAAGGAAGUAUGUCCAGAUAUUCACCAGAAGAUUACCAAAUCUACCGGAGAAAAUGGAAUGCAGACAGCUGAAACUGAAGCAGACUGUUCUUGUGAUCCAAACCAGAGAAUAACUGGUCCUUUACAAUCGGGAAAAAAUACACCUGGCGAUGGUUUCCCCCCAGAAACUGAUGAUAGCUCAAGUCCAGUUUCUCAAAAAUGUUCUCUUAAAACCAGUCCAGAUUUGGUCAAACCAGAAGAUACUGUGCUAAAUAAAAAUAUUUUUCAGAUAUCCAGUGUGUGUACUUUAGUUCAAGGAGAUGCAUUUUAUAAUUCACAAAUAGCUAGUAUCUUUAAUAGUCCUUUGAAAUCCAAAGCAGAAAAUAACACCUCUUCAGAAGACCAGAGGCCUGAUUCAUUUCAUAAAGAACGACCCUUGAGCCUAGUGGAAAGAGACUGUGAAAUAAAUGAGAGAGCAUCUGUGGGAGAUGCCUCGUUACGAUCACUAACUACCCUGUCAAAAGCCAUUGCAGAAAAACUGUUAAACUUACCAGGGGCAAAGAUAUCCCAACGUGGUAAGGUUUCAGAUGAGGUGAAUGAAAGCAAUUCCAAGGGGAGGAAAAUCACUGAAUUGUGUAAUCCUAAUUCUGAAAAGGAUCCUCCGCAAAAUAGAUUUUGCAGUGAUAUUCACAGUACAGAUUCUGCCAGUGGUAAUCGAGAGGUACCUGGAAACAGUAUUGUUGAUGAGGGUAGCGCACAUAGUGUCCAAGAGCAUGUACCAAGCGAUGAGACUCAAACCCAUUCUGUGAACAAUAUUGACAUCGCUCCGACAUCGCCAAAUGAUCAGUUGUCUGAACUCUUAAAAGAAUUUCCAUAUGGAAUUUAUGAUUCCAAGGUAUUAAAUAAAACGGAAAAUGAAGAUUCUGCAACUAAAUUAAUUGAGAUAAAGGAGGGACAAGAGAAUCAAACUUUUGGACAGAACUCUGAUGCAAAUCAUUCUCUGGACCAAAUAACAGUCAACAUAUUAAACCCGCAACAAAUGAAAGAAUUGUUUCCAGACAGCAGUGGUCAGUCGUUUAACAGACUGGAAAAUAGAGAGAAUGAUAAGGUCUCGAUAAUGUCGGAAGGUGCAAUUGAAAAACAUAUUGUUGACAGCACAAAUAGCUCAGCAGAAACAGUCCAGGAACCAGCAAGUCAGUCAUAUUGUUGUUUAAAGGGUUGGAUAAGUGUAGAAUAUAAUGUGGAUCCUUGUGAUUGUAGGUUGCAAGAGACUUCUUCAAAGCAGCAGCUGGGUCACUAUUUGCCAUCUGAAAUUAUAAUUAAAGAGGAACCAGAAACUCAUGAGACUUCUAAUAUGUCUUGUCAAUUAAACAAUCUACCGCAGACUAUAGAUCCUGUUAACAACAACCUUUCUUCAAAAGAUGCAAGUAACAGAAUAUGGAGUAAAAGCAUACACAGAGAAAAUAACCUUCAACAAAAGGAGAAUAAGCCAUUAAAAGAAGAUGAAGGACUUAUUCCAUCUCUUUCAUUAGAAAAAUCAGAAUCUCUGAAACCUGAAAAUAAACAGCAGAAGAUAGAAAAAUCGCCCAAAAAAGUUCAGACUGAAAUGUACAACCAAAAAUGUACAACAUUGGUUUCAAAACGUAAAGAACUGUUGCAUUCAGAAAGAGAUUGUUCAAAAGGCCAGUAUGUAAGACCUGCUUGUAAAAGGGAAUUGUCUGGCAAAGAGAGGACUCCAAGAGAGACAGUCGGGAGCAGAUCAAAGUUAGAUACCCUCAGGCAAAGUAUGGAGAACAAACACAGUAAAAAAAAAGAACAGUAUAAAAUUAAACAAGAAUCAAGUGAAACCCACAUAAUCAAGGGACCAAUUCACCUCUUUAAAAGGAGGCUGAAGAAACACACCUCAAUUGAAGGAAAACAAAAAACUUCAAAAAGGCCAUUUAGUAUGGUGACACCAUCUUCGAGCUUAAGUAGUGUUGAUUUGGUUUCCAAAACGUAUAAUAAUGCUCAGCGUUCACAAGAACAUUUAAACAGGCAGAAAUGCAAAAUUGACCAAGGUUUGGAGAAUAACACAGCUGUGAGAACAGAUCAUAAUGAAUCCAGUAGUUCAGAGGCUGUUCAACAGAACAAAGGAAGCUUGGUGUGGACAAAUCUGAAGAAAUUUGUAUAUCCAGAAGAGAGAGGAAAGGUGUGGCAAAACAGAAGAUCGCUUUCAGGCAAUAUCAAAACUUCUAAACUGCAAAUAUUUAGAAGGCAGCAUCUCAAUACAUACAAAUCUUAUUCUUCAGGCAAAGAGGCGGUACGGGGUUCUCAUAAGAGAGACAAGGGCUUUCCGAAAACCCAUUCUGACAAAAAAUCACCUUAUGAUAAAAAAAGUAAUACACUUACACUUCAGCGGGAGCAAAAUAAAAAUUAUUUGAAUAAAGUUGGAUUCAGGCAGACUGAACGAAGCAUUUGUUUGACAAAAUUAGUACAGUCACCUUCCAAAUCCGUCUGGCAUGUGAAAUCAAGCAGUGCGUCAGAACAGUCUGAAGAUAAGAAAAACUAUACUCGGUGUUCCCAGCAAUCUGAAGUGAUCAAACCCCAAAUGCUUGAAUUCAAGAUGUGUCCAGAAAUAGUAUUUAAAAAAUUGGUCUCUGAAGAAGUUCCAGAUGCAAAGAAGCUUUCGGAAAAAGAGACAACUCCUGUUGCAGCUGUCAAAAGUACAAGAGAAGACUGGUUAAAUUACAUUCCCCUGAAGAAAAGAAAAAUCUGGGAAAAGGAAACCCAAGUUGAUGGUAUUCCACUUGGUACUGCGGUUGAAUUAUUGGACAAGGAUGAAGCAUCUAAGAAAUCCAAUGCCACAUUUGAGACCUAUAGGAAAAUGCACCUGGAAAAAAGAAGAAGCCGAAGUCUAGAUAGCAGCCCUCUAAACUAGGCAUCAAUAAGUUUUGAAUAUUUAUUAUGGUCUACUUUGCCUGGCUGGACUGUGUGAACUUAUGAUUGCUUUGGCCAGACAAUAAUAUUUUGAUGGAUACUGGCAAUAUUGGUAACUGUACACUGCGUGUGCAUAUUGUCCACUAAAGUUCAUAAAAUAGCUUUGUCCUUGUGUCUGAUUAAAUAAAGGAGCAAUGCUAUUUCUGCUGGUAAACUUAACUUUGAGGAGAAACAUGCAACAGAGGUAGGUAAGCAUUACCAUAUUUAUCAGUGAACCCUGUAUGCUAGAGAUGCUGCUGUCUGGUUAGAUGAAACAUUACAGACAUGUGUAAGUUAACUUCCUUUGUAGUUUCAAUUAAGGCGAGUUUAUGAAAUGGGAGUCUGUACUGUAUUUAAAUGACUACUGUUAGAUUGGGAUUGCAAUGAUAAUGAUUUAAGAACAAGACUGUAUUUUGACUCACUAGGGCUAAGAUCUCAUUUGGAUUCUUCAGCUAGUUACUGUAAAUAAACAAACAAACCAUACUGUAAGCUAUAUUAGCUGAUGUUUUGAACCUCAUGCUCUACAGCCUGUUGUACUGUUGCAUACUCUUUUGUGCCUUUAAAGAUGUGUGGAGAUUGUUUGAAACCUGUUACACUCAGUGGUAUUUUUAAUGCUUUUCAUAUUAAAAUUGAAUUUUGACAA